UACGACACUCAGUGAACAGAAGGUGUUUCUGCAUGCACUGCCAGUGCACUAGUCUGCUGCAAGGGAUUGAGCAUCUCUCUCCUCCUCAUACACCGCGCCUGCCUUCAGCCUCGGCAUCUACAGCCUCCGCAGCCCACAGGAAAUGAGCUUCAUACAAAGAAGACUUUGCUGAAGAUUAGAGUCUUACUAGACACACUUUCAUCAAUGAUCUUUGGAUAUCACUACUAUAUAAAAAAUCAAAAAGGACAGGAAAAAGAAAUGUAGAGCUAUGUGAUGCAGAUCACACAGGUUUUGCAUAAUUGUGAAGAAAUGACAACUGACAGAAUGCCAACGAGCUUCACUCAAUGUACAUUGUGCAGGUCAGUGAUCACUUUAGGUUAUGGAUGGUGAUUUGCAACGACAGAUUGGGAGUCUUUGACAAGAAGGGAGAAAAAGAGGGAGAGUGAGAGUUUGGAGUGGAUUAUUCCCUCCUUCGUGCGUGUUUUCCCCCACUCGUCUCUCCCACAGAUCAGCACAAAAGUCAAUGCAGAGGAGCCGUGGCGAGAGGACAGCGCUCAUGCAUGCAGCCCGGGAAACUUGCACUUCCUACCAGUCUGCUGAAUGCCACUUAGAUUCGCUCUCUUUUUGGCUCUUUCACACGAGGAGAACUAAGACAUUGUAAGUCUGCCAGGAUCUGGUGUCCGAUGAAAAGGAGUGGGGGCUGAAUUUGUACCACACUGGAGUCUUUUUAGUUUCACACAUAAUUAGCGUCGGCACAAAGGGAUCAACUGAAUAGAGGUUGUCAGCCUCUGGAAAGGGGUGAGUAGGCAUCCUUUCAUGUGAGAUUGAUUCUUGAGGAGCGCAUUUUUUGUACCUUCAUCUCUCUUUUCCUUUCUCUGAUCUAACAUGAGCAAAGUGACUUGUCUUUUAUAUGCUGUCACUCUUCUUCUUUCGAUGUGGCAGGAUUUCUUGAUUCUUUAAGUAACAAAUCCCCAUCUAUAUUCUCUAUAAAUACAUAUCAACUGAAAAGACUUGGGGAGUAACAAAUCACAAAAUUUUAAAAUGACCACGAUCUGAAAGAUUCAAUGGACUUUUUCUCUACGACACUGCAGGAUAUUCAUGCUAAUGGAUUUCCUCCUAAUUGGUCUGUACCUAAAGUGGCCACUAAGAAAGCCCCCAGGGCUAAUAUUGUGCUCCCUGGGCAUUGUUCUGAAAAUAGUUCCAUUGGUGGGAGGGAGCUGUCCAAGGCCGUGCCGAUGUGACAACAAGCUAUUGUAUUGUGAAGGGCUCAACCUGACUGACAUCCCCCAAAACCUGACCAGUGCCAUUGGUUUGUCCCUGCGUGAGAAUAACAUAUCUGAGCUGCGGGAAGGGGACUUUGUUGGCCUGUCACAGCUUACCUGGCUCUACUUGGAUCAUAACAAUAUUGAGAUUGUGGAGGAGAACGCCUUCGAGAGGCUGAGAAGGGUAAAAGAGUUGGAUCUGAAUACCAACCGUAUAGAGAGCCUGCCAAACGGGACCUUCAGACCUCUGCCCAACCUGCGAAUAUUGGAUUUAUCCUAUAACAGACUUCAAUCCUUGGAGCCAGACCUUUUCCAUGGUCUUAGGAAGCUUACCAAUUUACAUUUGCGCUACAAUGCCCUUAAAUUCAUCCCAGUGCGGAUUUUCCAGGAUUGCAGGAGCAUGCAAUUCUUGGAUCUGGGUUAUAACCAGCUGCAGAGCCUGGCACGUAAUUCAUUUGCCGGACUCUUCAAGCUCACUGAGCUGCAUCUGGAGCACAACGAGUUGGUGAAAGUAAAUCUGGCCCAUUUCCCCCGCCUCAUAUCCCUACGGACCCUCUACAUGCGAAACAACAAGGCCACCAUUGUGGUCAGCACCCUUGACUGGACCUGGGACCAUUUGGAGAAGAUUGACUUCUCCAACAAUGAGAUUGAGUACAUUGAACCACAUGUGUUCGAGAGUGUACCCAACCUUAAUACUCUUAUGCUGGACUCCAAUAAACUGACUUACAUAGAUCAGAGAAUUUUGGACUCAUGGACAUCCCUGAGCAGUAUCACUCUGACAGGUAAUGACUGGGAAUGCAGCAGGAAUGUCUGUGCCCUGGCUUCCUGGCUUAGCAACUUCCAGGGACAACGUGACAGUGGCCUGUUGUGCGCCAGCCCGGACAUUGCACAGGGUGAGGAUAUACUGGAUGCCGUCUAUGCUUUCCAGUUAUGCGAGUACAAUGUAGAAGCAACAACACAGACCUUCACCGCUACCAGAUACCGCGCCAGAGGCUUCAUAUAUAAUGGGCCAACAAGAAAUCCCUAUGACCUGCAGGACGUGGAGGGCGGGGAAGUGGUCACCAACUCCUUAACGGUGACUGCAUCUGCUGAUGACCUGGAGAGCACCAUGCAGAUUCAUAAGGUGGUGACAGGCACCAUGGCCCUCAUUUUCUCCUUCCUGAUCAUGGUUCUCAUGCUCUAUGUGUCCUGGAAAUGUUUCCCAGCAGGCAUCAGGCAGUUAAGGCAGUGCUUCACGAGCCAGCGCCGCAAGCAGAAGCAGAAGCAGACCAUGCAGCAGAUGGCUACAACGUCUGCAUCCGAGUACUAUGUUGACUACAAACCCAACCAUAUUGAGGGGGGUCUUGUCAUCAUCAACGAGUAUGGCUCUUGCACAUGCCAGCAGCAGACAUCUCGAGAGUGUGAGGUGUGAUAUCCCACCCAUGUCAUUUUUAAAAAUCAGUGGUUUCAAAAUUUGAAUGGAUAUGGAACACAAGUUAACUUGGCACCUCAUUUUGCUGUUCUUUUAGGAGGAAACUAACAUUUCUCAAGUCUAAAUGGACUAAAAACAGGGAUUUAGUGCUGAUUUCAACAGCCUCAAAGCCUUGUGGGAGAUUUGACACUAACACUUAUGUACUUGAUGCAAAAGAUGUGGAAUAAUUAUGUUGACCUGUCCUGGCUUCUCUUAUGAAGAGUGGAUAUUUGAGCUUUAACGUGUCUUUCUACUUCAGGAUAUUAUAGGACUUUCAAAAGGUAUCAAGGACACCCAGAACAACAUUUUUACUGUGGUAACAAACAUACAAAACUGUAGAGGAAAACAACAAAACAAAUAAACCCUUAAAAAAGAUUAUAUGUAAAAUAUGUUAACAGCAGAAAUGCAGGAGUGGGGAUAAAAUGCAAGAUGAUAUCUUAUUUCUUUUGUAAUCUAUGGAAAAAAAAGAAGAAAAUACAAAUGUUUAAAUAAAUGAAUUGCAAUUUACAGUA